UUGGGCGGCGCUGCCUCGGCUCAGCUCGGCUCAGGUUCGAGCUGCAGCUCCUGUUGGGGGUGGGCGGCAGGGAUGACAGCGGCUGUGGUAGCCGCUGCGGCGCGAGACUGAGCGAGCGGCGAGAGAGCCGGAGAAAGAGAAGGAAGUGGAGCCGCGACCUGGAGCUCUGGACUCAGCUGCCACGCCGAGGACCGCCCCACUUCGCAGAGCGAGCCGAGUCCGGACCUAGGAAGACUUACCCGCCGGGCGCCGGCCGCCGCGGCUCCGAGCCUUUUUGCCGGCGCCCUGCCCUGCCUGCCCCAGCCCCGGGUUCCGCCGGGACGCUCCCUGGUCCGCGGUCCUGGUCGUGUAGCCGGGACGCCCCGAGCCCCUGACCCUGAUCCAGUGCACCGGGGCGGGACGCUCUUGGCCCACCAUACGGCUCCAUGGUUACGGGCUCGUUCCCAGCCUUUCUGUAGUGUGUGUCGGAGCCCCCGGCCCUCCGCCCAGGGUUAAGGCAGAGUGCAAAGGAGCCCUGACGCCCCCAGACUCUGGUUCGCCGAAACCCUAACCUUAAGCUGCCUCCGACUCGGUGCUUAGGACUUGGGACCGUGCGAACGUCCGGGAAGCCCCAGUCCCCGUUCAGAGCACUGUGAGGGGUCCCAGUCGGACUGAACCGGACCAGGCUGGUGCUGCGAGCCAGAGCUGCCGCCUUCCUGCUGCCCCAGUUUGAGGGCUGAGCGAUUGCUCCGAAGAAAACACAGGAGAGAGCCGAAAGCUGCAGCUCUCCCAGUGAAGUGACAUCACCACCUCCGUGGACAGGACCCCCUUGGGAGCCCAGCUUACAGCCACUGGUACCUUCUUCCAGGACCAGUUGGGGGCCUCCAUGGGCGCCUGAGGGCAGGGCGCCAGGGCCGCAGGCACGAGCAUGGUGAGACACCAGCCCCUGCAGUACUACGAGCCACAGCUGUGCCUCUCCUGCCUCACGGGCAUCUACGGCUGCCGCUGGAAGCGCUACCAGCGCUCUCACGAUGACACCACACCGUGGGAGCGCCUCUGGUUCCUGCUCCUCACCUUCACCUUCGGCCUCACGCUCACAUGGCUCUACUUCUGGUGGGAAGUCCACAAUGACUAUGAUGAAUUCAACUGGUACCUCUACAACCGAAUGGGCUACUGGAGUGACUGGUCUGUGCCCAUCCUCAUAACCACAGCCGCUGCCUUCACUUACGUUGCGGGCCUCCUGGUCCUGGCACUAUGUCACAUCGCUGUGGGGCAACAGAUGAACCUGCACUGGCUGCACAAGAUAGGGCUGGUGGUUGUCCUGGUGGCCACGGUAGUGGCCAUGUCGGCCGUGGCCCAGCUGUGGGAGGACGAGUGGGAGAUACUGCUGAUCUCCCUGAAGGGCACGGCGCCAUUCCUACAUGUGGGGGCCCUGGCCGCCAUCACUGCGCUCUCCUGGAUUGUGGCAGGACAGUUUGCCCGUGCAGAGCGGUCCUCCUCCCAGGUGGCCAUUCUUGGUACCUUCUUCGCCGUCGUGUUUACCCUCUACCUGGCCCCUCUCACCAUCUCCUCUCCCUGCAUCAUGGAGAAAAAGGACCUGGGUCCCAAGCCUGCCCUCAUUGGUCACCGCGGGGCUCCUAUGCUCGCCCCAGAGCACACGCUGAUGUCCUUCAGGAAGGCGCUAGAGCAGAAGCUGUAUGGCCUCCAGGCUGACAUCACCAUCAGCCUGGACGGUGUGCCCUUCCUCAUGCACGACACCACCCUGCAACGCACCACCAACGUGGAGGAGGAGUUCCCGGAGCUUGCCCGCAGGCCUGCCUCCAUGCUCAACUGGACCUUCCUGCAGAGGCUCAAUGCCGGCCAGUGGUUCCUGAAGACGGACCCCUUCUGGACGGCCAGCUCCUUGUCACCCUCCGACCACAGGGAGGCCCAAAACCAGUCCAUCUGCAGCCUAGUGGAGCUCCUGGAGCUGGCCAAGGGCAAUGCCACACUGCUGCUCAACCUGCGUGACCCACCACGGGAGCACCCUUAUCGCAGCAGCUUCCUCAACGUCACGCUGGAGGCCCUACUGCACUCGGGCUUCCCCCAGCACCAGGUCCUGUGGUUGCCUAAUAGGCAGAGGCCCUUCGUGCGGAAGGUGGCUCCUGGCUUCCAGCAGACAUCGGGUUCCAAGGAGGCAGCUGCCAGCCUGCGGAGAGGCCACAUCCAGUGGCUGAACCUGCGUUACACUCAGGUGUCCCGCCAGGAGCUCAGGGACUAUGCAUCCUGGAAUCUGAGUGUGAACCUCUACACAGUCAAUGCCCCGUGGCUCUUCUCCCUGCUGUGGUGCGCGGGGGUCCCGUCUGUCACCUCUGACAACUCCCACACCCUGUCCCAGGUGCCUUCCCCACUCUGGAUCAUGCCCCCGGACGAGUACUGCCUCAUGUGGGUCACCGCCGACCUGAUCUCCUUCACCCUCAUCAUUGGCAUCUUCGUGCUCCAAAAGUGGCGCCUGGGUGGCAUACGGAGCUACAACCCUGAGCAGAUCAUGCUGAGCGCUGCGGUACGCCGGACCAGCCGGGAUGUCAGCAUCAUGAAGGAGAAACUCAUCUUCUCAGAGAUCAGCGAUGGCAUGGAGGUCUCCGAUGAGCUCUCUGUAUGUUCGGACAACAGUUAUGACAUGUACGCCAACAGCGCCACUGCCCCUGUGGCCCCCCGAGGGAGCAGCAGCCGCGCCAAGAUCCUCACAGACCAGAGUGGGCAUUAGCUGAAGACUGAUCUGUCCAGUCUGUACCUCAUGUGGAGAACAGGGAAGCCUGGAGAGCUAGCAGAAGCAUGCUCCAAGAGCCAACUCCACGGCCUCCUUGUCGGCUCCAGCCCCUUGUCAGCCAUGGCCUCUCUUGGAGGGGCUCCCCUCUCCAGCCUCCCAGAUGCCCCUGCAGGCCCAGGGCUCCUUCUGGGAAGUUUGUGGCCUGGGGCCUGCUCCUCUCCCUGAGGCCCUUCCUUGCAUCCUAUUCUGGAAGCUUUGAGGGGUCACUGGGCUAUUCCAUGACCCCUGUGGCAAUGGAGGAUGUGGAGCCAUGUGUGCCCGUAUGUCUGUUCUCUUGUCUGCGCUGCAAGGAAACAGACUUCUCAUGUCUCUCCUGCCUAGAGGGCCUGUGCUCUUCCAUCAGUCUCAACCCACAAGGAAGCUUGGCCUGGGAGGAACACUGCUGCAGUGGUGGAGACACUCCUCCUCCCUGUCCAGCCUCCUGCUGCUGCUGGCCCUGCCCGAGAGGGCUGAGCCAUCCCCUAGGAGCAGCUGGAGAUGGCCAGAAGAGCAGGCUUGGGGCUGAUGGAUCCCACACCCAAGUGUCCAACAGGCCUCCAGGGCAGACUGGCCUGAGGGCCCAGGAGAUCCACAAACUGACACAACCUCAGGUUCCCACGUCAGUGGGCACAGGGCAGGGGCCACGUGGGAAAAGUGUUCAAGCAUGGUAAAGGGUGGGUAUAUGGCCAAGGAGGCCUACAGCAGUGGGAGCCUGAGGGACCUUGGCCAAGAUGAUUAAAGCUGCCACCUUGACAUGUA